GGGGAGAAUCGGCUUGGUAGAGAAGGUUGAGGAAGGCUUGGAAAUGAAGCUGACAGAAACCAGCCUGUUAGGGACCGGAGGAAGCCGUACAAUUCUUUAUGCCCUCUAUGGGAGGCAAGCUCUUAAAGCCCUCCACCUCCAACCACAUCUGGGCUCCUCAGCGAGCUUGCCAGAGAAGUAGGGCCGGGGAUGAUUUCUCCAGCCCCCAUUUCGGUAUCAGCCGCAGACAAGGAGUCUUCUAGUCAGAGGAGCACUCUAAGGAGACUCUAGUGAGGUACUCGGAUCUCUUGGUCAUGAAGGAAGUGUGCAGCUCUUAAACUGAGCUGUCAUAGCACACUGAGAAUCUAGCCGAGGCCAUUAACUGUGGGGAGGCCAUGCCACACAAGACAAAAGGAGGAGGAAGAUGUACCAGACGAGCAUCCUGGAAAGCACACCACAGCAGCAAGAAUUCUGGAACAAAUAUAAAGACGGCGACCAGUGUGAAAGCAGCCCUUGCCAGAAUCAAGGCGAGUGUCGAGAUGGCAUCGGAGGUUACAUGUGCACCUGUGCCGAGGGAUUCGAAGGCAAAAACUGUGAGCUCUUGGUUCGGAAACUCUGCAGCCUAGACAAUGGAGACUGCGACCAGUUCUGCAAUGAAGAGCAGAACUCAGUGGUAUGCUCCUGUGCCAGCGGUUACUUCCUGGGUAAUGAUGGCAAGUCCUGCAUCUCCACAGCUCCCUUCCCCUGUGGAAAAGUCACUACAGGACGCAGGAAGAGGUCUGUGGCCCCAGACACCAGCAACAGUGAACCUGACCCUGAAGACUUCCUGUCUGAUGAGGAUAUCCCAUCCCCUACUGAGAGUCCUUCUGAACUGCUCAACCUCAAUGAGACAGAGCCUGAGGGAAACAGCAGGAACGUUACUCGGAUUGUGGGUGGCCAGGAAUGCAAGGAUGGAGAAUGUCCCUGGCAGGCUCUGCUCAUUAAUGAAGACAACGACGGGUUCUGUGGGGGCACCAUCUUGAAUGAGUUAUACAUCCUCACCGCCGCCCACUGUCUCAAUCAAGCCAGGCGAUUCAAGGUGAGGGUAGGGGACCGGAACACAGAGAAGGAGGAAGGCAACGAGAUGGCGCACGAGGUGGACGUGAUCAUUAGGCACAACAGGUUUGACAGGGACACCUACGACUUCGACAUCGCCGUGCUGAGGCUGAAGACCCCCAUCACGUUCCGCAUGAACGUGGCCCCUGCCUGCCUUCCUCAGAAAGACUGGGCCGAGGCCACACUGAUGACACAGAAGACAGGCAUCGUGAGCGGGUUUGGACGCACGCACGAGAAGGGCCGGCAGUCGACCAUCCUGAAGAUGCUGGAGGUACCCUACGUGGAUCGCAACACCUGCAAGCUCUCCACCAGCUUCAGCAUCACGCAGAACAUGUUCUGUGCAGGCUAUGAGGCCAAGCUAGAGGAUGCCUGCCAGGGGGACAGUGGUGGCCCCCACGUCACACGGUUCAAAGACACCUACUUUGUGACCGGCAUCGUCAGCUGGGGAGAGGGGUGUGCAAGGAAGGGAAAAUUUGGCAUCUAUACAAAGGUCACAGCCUUCCUCAAGUGGAUUGAAAAGUCCAUGAAAGCCAGGAAGGUAUCCACAACUGAGACCCCACGGUUAGCCACUCUGCCCUAUUAAAGCAGCCCUUCUCCAGACCUGUUGGGUC